CGCCACAGAGGCCGCUGCCCCUGUGUGCCCCCUUCUUGUUCUCAACAACGACGGCAGCCACGCCCCUCGCCCUCUUCUUUCUCCUCCCACCCAUUCCUCGCAGCCAGCCAGCCUCGCUGGCGCCCUACUCUACUCCGUUGGUUUAAGCCCGCCGCAGCCGUACCCUACGUCUCCCCUAGUCCUCGUACCCUAUACCAUGAGCUUUCUCACUUCUUCCCAGCGGAACUACGACGGCCUUUCCCACUCGGACGUCGCGCAGCUCCCGCCCAUACACAGCUCCGUUUCGAGGAUCCCAAUGCAUCCACUUUCGUCAUUCGACAACCUCCCGCCAGUCACCCAGCUUCCACCGCUGGCCUCAGCACCCCCAACACCGAGUAACGCCGUGCCUCCGUCACCGGUCCUAGAUCGUCCAGUCUCUCUGCCAAAGCUUGGGCAGACACGCUGCUACUGGUGCCUCCUCACCCCGGACCUCCAAUUUAUCUAUCUCGAUCCCGUUCUCGCCCAUCACCUGGGAGAACAGGCCGACCUCUUAGUAGGCAAGUCGCUUCUGGCCUACGUCCACCCGGACGAGCAGGCCUCCGCAAAGCUUGACUUGGGGAGUGUGUUGGAGAGUCGGACACUGCAUGGGAGCGUCACCCGAGUACGCUAUUCUCGCCUCUCGCGUGUACGCAGGCAGCUGGGUUACCAAGGGCCUACACAUGAGUUCGCAGACGCAGACAAGGUCUCCGUGGAUACGAACUACAUGGCUGUGGACCUCGUCAUCAACUGGGCGUCCGACGGGCUCGUGUUGUGCUUCAUGCAUGCGGUCGUGGACCUCUCGCCUCGCGAUAACGACGAGCACAACAAGACGCCUUGGACCAACUGGUGUGGCACACCGUACAUGAACACUGAGCAGGUCCAGAUUUUGUAUCAGCGCCUGCUUGCUGUCGUGCCGCAGCCGCUCUCCAUGAGCCGGGUGUUUCAGAUCCUGCUUAACCUGCCGGAACGUUCGUUGUACAUGAGCUGGCCCCCUGAACACCAGGAGCCCGGUGGGCCGACUUCCAAGGACUUCGCGCGGCUAGCGCAGGACGUUCAAAUAAGUAACGCCGUUUCCAGUGGGACGGACGCCAAGACGAGCUGUACCAGACGGUACAAGGCACACCAAACGAUGCACUUCGGAGGAGACAAUAGCAAGGAAGUCGAGAGCAUCUUCAUCCCGCACGGUUCUAUCAUCUUCGCUUGCCACAAAGUGCACCCGAGCACUCGCGACCUCAAUCCCAAUGACGCUGCAUCCCAGUCUCAGCACUACGCUAACCACCCAUACCAAGACCCGGCUCAUCCUUCAUACAACCUGCCGCACCUACCCGCUCAGUACCCUAGUAAUAUGUCUUCCACGCAUUAUCCGCCUUCGCACUAUGCAAGCAACAACUGGUCGCACCCUCCUGAAUCGUCAAGCUCGCAAACUCAUUACCAAUGGGACCCUCAAGGCAACUCUCUCUCGUCGGCGCCGUCGGUCAGCAGCAUGCGUUCUUCGUCCUACCAUCAACCUCCCCCGCCCCAGCAGCAUCAAUGGCCUUCCCAGCCGCCGUACCUAGAUGCCCAUCCGGGUGCCCCGCCUUACAGCCCACAAGGGGCACCCUCCGGAUCGUCGUAUUCGGCACCGCCAUCACAUGACGAGGCCCCACCUUCUCCCGGUAGUGACACUGUGCCUCCCUCAAGGGUCACUCACAGGCGAGGGUCGAACAACUCGAGGGAGCAGUACGGGAACGGUGGACGCAGCACAGGGAACCCGCCCAUGGGCGUCCCGCGGUGCUCGAGCUGCAAGGUGACCCAGAGCCCGGAGUGGCGGAAGGGCCCCAGCGGCAAGAAGGACCUCUGCAACGCAUGUGGACUGAGGUAUGCACGAUCACGCGCGAAGAAGGAAGGCGGGCCCUCGCAGCAGUCACGCCGCCGCAAGGACCGGGUAUUCAAUUCGAUGCAGAAGGACCACUCGCCGUCCGGUUCGCCGGGCCCGUCCGGCUACCAGUCCCUCCCGCGGCGCGGUAGCUACUACGACGAUGCAUCGUUCGGAUCGGCGUCGUCGAACGGCUCGCCUGGCGCGCCUGACUUGUACGCCCCAACGGCGCACGCUGGGCCGAGCUUCAAGGGCCCCAUGUCGCCCUCGCCCUCGCCCUCGCCAGGCGGUGGCAUGCAGCAUCACCCGCAUCAGCCAUACAUGCCGUACCCGCACCCGCAUCAGGGCGCCCCGCAUCCACUCUUGCAUGCCCCGCAAAACGCGCACGCUGACGCGCCUGGACGCUACUCGAACAGCUUCUAUUCAGUGCCGCCGCCUGCACCGCCGCACCCGCACCCGCACCAGCAGCCGUCGCUGCAUCACAUGUCGAGCCACAGCAGUCUUCACAGCAAUGGAAGCUACUCGCAGCCUCUCGCGGGCCCCGGUCAGCCGCCGCGCCUGGACCCCAUCGUGCCGGUUCCAUACAGCGCGGGUGGAAGGAUGUCCCCGUCGCCCAUAGGCGGUUCGCCACUCAGCACUAGCUUCUCCAGCGCGAGCUACGAGCGGGAGAGGCCGAUGAAGAUGCAAGACGACCGUGAAGGGCUGCCUCCGAGCCCUGUCAGCGCAGACCCGAGGAACAGGAGGUCGCCGUAUAAGUGAAGGGUGCACGCUAGGUAGUUCCCUUCGUGCCAAGUGUACAUGUCAUUGUCGUUUCCUCGUUCACAGACGGACCUCGCUCGCGCCGUUCCGCAAAAGGCUCUCCCAGUAGUUUCCCGUAAUAUUUAUCCUCGAGCAGCGCAUCUCCCUUCUCCUCGUACGUGUACUUCCGCGGCGCACGCGACGCUUCGAGUCGUCCGCCCGCUCCAGACGUUUUUAGUUAG